UUCUUCUAGCUCUUCUGCCACAAAGUCCAGAGAGGACAGGAGAGAGUGUGAGCAGCUGAAGUGAGAAGACUACCUAUCCUAUCCUCAAACAACUGUUUGUCAAGGAUCUUGAGGAGCAAUAGUGCGAAGAACAGGAGGUAGAAGGAAAAGAAGAGAGAAAGGAAGAGAGUUGGAAGGAGAAAAGUGUUAAGAAACCUGGAAGAGGAAUCAUCCGAGGAGUGGACUGAGGUUUACCGUAAAAAAUCGGGCUGGCAGCAGUAAAACUCUGAACUAAGUCCUCUGCCAUAAAGUCCGGAGAGGACAGGAGAGAGUGUGACCAGCUGAAGUGAGAAGAUAAACUACCCUAUCAUCAAACAACUGAUUCUCAAGGAUCUUAGGGAGCAAGAUGAAUUCAUAUGUAGAAAAACUUUCAUUGAUGCCUGAGAUUAUCCAGCCUAUAUUGAAAAAUACAGACAUGAACGUAGACCCCAAGAUAUAUUUCAAUAUAGCAAUCAAGAUAUAUGAGAGGUUUAUGGAGGUUUUCAGUGAUGGUGGAAUGCAGGAAGCAGCUUAUGAGGUAAAAGAGGAGAUGGAGGAGAUGGAAAACACUGAGCUUGACAUUGCCAUCACUGGAGAGACGGGCUCUGGGAAAUCAUCCCUCAUCAAUGCUCUCCGAGGCAAGAAGGCAGAAGAUGAUGGUGCUGCCCCUGUAGGAGUGACAGAAACUACACUGAAUCCAAAGGUUUAUACGCAUUCAAACUAUCCCAAAGUGAAAUUCUGGGACCUGCCAGGAAUUGGAUCCCCAGAUUUCUCCCCAGAGAGUUACCUUAAGAUGGUGGAUUUCCCCAGCUAUGACUUCUUUAUCAUUGUUGGCUCAGAGAGAUUCCGAUCCAACCACACUGACCUAGCUCAGGCAAUCCAGGAGAUGGAGAAGAAGUGUUAUUUUGUGCGCUCCAAAGUAGACGCAGACGUAUACAACAUGGAAAGGUCUUACCCAAAUACCUUCAAUGAAGAGGAAGUCCUUGAAAAGAUGAGGAAUGACUUAAAGAAGCAGCUUAAGAAGUGCUUCAGGAACACCAUCCCUCAAGUCUUUCUGAUCUCCUCCUGGGACCUUGCCAAGUAUGACUUCCCCCGACUGGUGGAGACGUUGGAGAAAGAUCUGCCCAGCCUGAAGAGACAUGCAUUCCUGCUCAGCCUUCCCAUGUUUUCCCCUGAAGUCACGGAAAAGAAGAAAUCUGUGCUGAAGAGCCACAUAUGGAAAAUAUCCCUGGUGUCUGCUGGCAUCAAUGCUAUUCCCAUUCCAGACCUUCCUCUGGCUUGUGAUGUUGCCCUCUUGCUUGGGUCCAUGGUUGCCUUCUACAAGAGAUUUGAGCUGGAUGAUGACUCCCUGGCUAGGCGGGCCAAAUUGGCCAGGAAGCCUGUUGAAGAACUGGAGGCUGUGAUGAAGUCUCCUCGGAUGGGAGAAAUUACCAGGGAUCUCGUUAUAAAGAAAAUAACCGAUUCUGCAAUAACAUUAAUCCCACAUUUACUAGUUAGAAGCUUGGUAGCAGCAGGGGUGUCUUUUACCAGCACUUAUUGGAUGCUGUCAAGCUUCAUCAAUAAUCUAGCUGAGGAUGCUGAAAGGGUUCGAAUGAAAGCCCUAGAACCAGAGCACUAGGCAGAGCACCCAGGCAGGCACAAGACAUGAGGCAACUCAAGGUGAAGUAGGAACUGCUGCUGCUGCUGUGAUGGCAAAUGUUCCCACUUUGGCACCUUUUUUCCAUACCCAUUUUGGCUGGUUCUAGAUACAAUGGAGCAAGCCUUAUAGCUGAUUUGCCUUUUUUAAAAUAAAAAAAAAAAUA